CCAAGCCAAAACGCGUGAAAGCGCGUUGGUAUUGAGUGCUCCACACCGACGUCGAUGGAGGCAGAAGCACCCGACACCCCAAUUUCUCCGCGCUCAGCUUCUCUAUCCUUCUGCACGCCCACACACCCUGCACAAUGCCCGCGCGGAAAAGCAACGUCUCAACAGUCUCCAAUGACGAAGAAGAUGGUCUGAACAUAGAAGACCUUAACCUACCCAAAUCAAUAGUGCAGCGACUCGGAAAAGGCGUGCUCCCGGCCAACACACAAAUCCAGAAAGAUGCGCUUCUAGCCAUGUCGAAAAGCGCAACCGUCUUUGUAAACUACCUGACAUCAUGUGCCGCGGAACAUGCCGCUCGCACUGGCAAAAAAACCGUCGUGCCCAAAGACGUUUUCGAAGCGAUGGAUGAGCUCGAAUUCAACUUCAUGUUGCCCCGCCUGGAAGCAGAAGUGCAAAAGUUCACGUCGAUACAGGCAGACAAGCGGAACACAUAUCGGAAGAAAGUGCGGGAAGACAAAAAGGCGGCUAAGGACAAGGAAGUUACAAAUGGUGGGGUCGCCGGAACCGGAGAGGCAGCACAUGACGAAGAGUCACCACCUGCGAAGCGAGCGCGCUUGGAAGGUGGAGUUGGCGAGGAAGAGGAUGACGGUGGAGAUGAGACGGUGGAGAUGGGCGAUGGUGAGCAGGAGAUCGAGGAUGAGGAUGUGGAUGAUGACGAGGUUGAGGAGGACGACGAGGGACUGGAGGAAGGGUUGACUGAGGACCCAUUGGAAGAGAGGGAGGAUGUUGAUGAUGAGGACAUGGAGGAUGCCGAGGAGAGUGAUUGAGUCUAAAAUUAUUACUGCAUGGCAAGGCGUUUGGGACGGUCACAUAUAAUACCCAUAUCAGGGCAGGGAUGAAUUGAUGAGUUGCGAAAGACAUUGGAAGAAUGCUAUUCUGUAAGACGUCAUUU